UCAGAUGUUUACUGAUAACAUUUUACUGAUAACUAUCAGGGCCUUAAUACUCUCUAGACUAUCCUGUACUUUGAUACGCUGGAAGUAGUUGCAGUCCUUAAAUACUUUCCAGUUAUUUUUGUUUCUUACAGAAAGCAUCUGUCUGUUUAAAAAAAAAAAAAAAAAAGAGUAUCUCAUUUGUUAUUCUGUCAUCAGGUAAGCCUGACAGUAAGCAGAACAUGUUCUAAAAGCUUGCAUUGUAUUAUUGAUGUUCAGAUACUAGAAUUUGACAGAUGAAUCAGAUACAACAAAGAAUUAACAUUAAAAAAAUACUAUGUGAGAUAAGGACUUUUUAAACUCGGAUACAAGGCACGUAAUGAAUAGGUUCAAGUUAAUGCCUUCAGAACAGACAACAGUUAUGUGGCUUUAAGGUAAACUAAACAGAUGAGGAUUGCAGUGGUUAUUUAACAGGAGAUAUGAAGAAAACCGUUGGAUAUAAAUACCUUCUAGAAACAUAAGUUGCAAAUAGACACAAGAAAAGACAGUUACAUGGCCGUAAAAAUCAAUUUGUGGGGCACAAAAUGGACAUUUUCUCCUUUCUUUAGAUAUAUCAAAAACUGCUUCUACAGGAGCAUUCUCCAAAAUUGUAGACCAAAGUUGUCUAUUGCAUUUAGCUGUGAAGAUGGAAGACACAAGCUACCAGAGGUAGUCUCUGCUAUCCUUGAUGCUGAGACUGAGCAAGAGGAAAGCUGGUAAUGUAGGGGAGGGAGCAUGGGAGCAUACAUGUAAGGUGCUAUUUAUAUUUCUGUUGUGGUAUAAGGGUCUUUUAUAUAUAGGUCAUUUUUUGCAAAGUUUGACUAAUAUAUCGUGCUUAUCACUUAUUUCAUUUUUAUCAGAUUUAUUUAUUCCUAAUAAAAAAAAUUAAAGCCACAAAGAACUGCAGUAAUAUUGUUUUUAUUUGUGAAUUUUAUGCAGGCAAUCCUGUACAGGUGACUGAAACUUCUAUUUCUUCUUAUCUUAAAGAACUUACUGCACUCAAGACUAUCAAAAGAACACAGCCUAAUGGCUACUUUCUUACAAGUAUAUUGUUGUGGGCUCUUUGAAGAAAUAGAAUGUUAAAUUGGAAGCAUGAAAAGGGGUGAGUAAUAACCCCUCUGCACAUCCUGAUAAAGAUUACUUUUCUUUCUGGACUUUGAUAAUUUACACUAAAAUUCUUCAACAAGAAUUUUUCAGCAUGGACAAAAGUAAUGAGUAAAAUACUUAGUGAUGUAAUACUUUUUCUAGUCAGUCAAUGUUGCUGUUUAAUAGCACUUUGAAGCUCAGUUAUCUUGCAGAGAAACAUUACUAGAGUAAAGCAAGUAAUUGUCAUUUUGAAUUCAAAACUAGCUUAUUUUUCAUUGUGGAGCAUAACAAGUACUCCUUUGUUCUUUUUGUUCACAAUUUGUAACUUUUGUUAAUAUGAAUCUGGGAGUUUAUGGGAGUCCAGUCAUGUUCAGCAAACUGGGAAGACAUUAAGAGUGGUAAAUGCUUGGGGGUUUUGCAGAAGUGCCUCGUGAUACCUUCUAUUUUCAGCAUAGGAUAAAAUUAGAACUAGACUGACAUUGCAUUGGAGUCUGGGUGAGAGUUCUAAAUGGUUUUGGUAGUGCAGACAAGCUUCAUAAUUUAUCUCUGCUGUUGCCCAGAAAGCAAUGAGUCACAGAAAAUCCUUGAAAACGCCAAAUAAUUGAGGGCUACAAGAAGAUUCAAAGAGAGAUCUGAAGUUAGAAAGCUUUUUCUUAAAGCUGAUGCAUGUGCUGAUGCAUUGAGCCUGAAACUCACAGUCUGAUUCCUGUGACUGAAUCUGAACAUGUAAGCAUCAUGACUGAAACUGCAGUUUGCAUUGGAACAUUCACUGCUGUGAAGACACUUUGGGAAGUGAGAAUACACAAGAUAAAUGAAGAAUUACAGAAAGAAAAGGAAUUCAGACAGAGGUCUGCAGGAAGGCUACUACUUGUCUGGGAGGAGAGAGCCACUUUAGCAAAGCUCAAAGAAAAAGUCAUUAAUGAAGAUGGAAGAGCAAUUUUAAGGAUAGAGGAAGAAGAAUGGAAGACACUACCUUCGUGCUUAUUGAAACUAGUCCAUCUCCAGGAAUGGCAGCUUCAUAGAACUGGUUUGCAGAAAAUUCCUCAGUUCAUUGGAAGAUUUCACAAUCUUGUUGUUCUGGAUCUGUCCCGGAACUCAAUUGAAAGUGUACCUAAAGAAAUUGGCCAGCUGACUAGCCUCCAAGAGCUGCUUCUCAGUUACAAUAGAAUAAAGUUUGUUCCUAAGGAAAUAAGUAACUGUGUCAGUCUGGAAAAAUUGGAACUGGCUGUCAACAGGAGUAUCUGUGAUCUUCCUCCUCAGCUCAGUGAUUUAAAGAAGCUUUCACACAUAGAUUUGUGCAUGAAUCAGUUUACUACCAUCCCUUCAGCUCUUCUCAACAUGCCAAAUCUAGAAUGGUUAGAUAUCGGGGGAAAUAAACUCCAGGAGCUUCCUGAUGCAAUUGACAGAAUGGAAAAUCUCCACACUUUAUGGCUCCAAAGGAAUGAGAUAAACUCUUUGCCAGAAACUAUUAUCAAUAUGAAAAAUCUUAGUACUCUUGUUCUUAGCAACAACAAACUUAAGGAUAUUCCAACUUGUAUGAAGGACAUGACAAAUCUGAGAUUUGUCAACUUCAGAGACAACCCACUGGAGUUAGAGGUAACACUCCCUCCAUGCGAGAAUACAGAAGAAGAGGAGCAACGGGAAAUGUUUGGCAUUGAAUUCAUGCACAUGUAUAUCCAGGAGUCACUCAAGAAAACGGGAAAUCUGCAAAACUGUACUUCUGGUCCUUCUAUCAUGAAUGCUAAUGAAUAAAGAAUGUAACUGUGAAUGGAAGAAAAUAUUAAGUAUACUUCUUCCUAGCAAAGAGGCAUACAACAGGUUUCAAAUAUUCUUAGGGAU